AUGGUUUGGAAAGCUGCCGGGCAAGAAUACAAACGAAAAGGUGAAAAACGUUUAACAUUUGAAGAAUGGCUGCCAAUUUUUGACCAACUUUCUAAAGAAAAAGAAGUUGGAAGUUAUGCAGAUUUUAUGGAAGGACUUAAAGUUUUUGAUAAAGAUGAAAGUGGAAAAAUUAUGGCAGCUGAAUUGAGGCAUGUAUUAUUGGCGUUGGGAGAGCGUCUCAAUACUGAAGAAGUUGAUGAACUUUUACAAGGAGUUGAGGAUGGAGAGGGAAUGGUUAAUUAUGAUCGAUGA